GUUCUUGUGCUCCUUGGAGUUGGAGCCAUCCUCUAGGUCGUGGUCACUAAACCUUUGAUCAAUCAACUUUCGCACUACACUAGCCUUCACUCUCUUUUAGGGCAGGUGUUUUAGCUGAUAGUUGGGGAUCUAGCUAGGAAUUUUGGUCUCUACACUUGGGAGGAGACGAUGGCACAAGAGUUCCAUGAGGCGCCAUUCCUGUUGCCGGCAGAUGUCAAUCGAGUUGAUUUUUGGGCGGAGCAUUCUAAUGACCUGGACCCUUUUGAUACUGUGAGCUGGGCAAAGGUUAUGGAUCGAGCCGACUUGGUGGAUCCUAUCUUUUGUGUUAUCCACAUCCUUCUUUGCAAGGCUGUUGAGCACAGAUCGGACGCACACGUCUGCGGUUUUGUGGUCACCAUACUCUUCCGGUCUCUCGUGGGGUCUGCGCCCAUUCCACAGCCCCAUAUGUUGAUGCGAGGCUUAAUCGCGGGCAUGCUGCGGAAUGCUCAUAUUUGCAAGAGAGUCACUCAUCGCCACCUCGUCGCCUCCCAAGCUUCUGCAUCCACUUCCCAGGCGGAUCUGACCCCUGAUUGGGCCUGGAAGAUCAUGGAGCAGCAGAAGACCAUCAAUCGGGCUAUGGCAACUAUGGAGCAGCAGACGUCCCAGGCUGAGAGCUUCGCUUAGCUUCGGAACGUCCUCUCCAACUUUUAUAUAGAUGUGCACACAAGUCUCACGCCCCGUCCCUCCGAGGGAAAUUGAUGCUCGACUGGAUUUGUUGGAACUUCUUAUUUUCCUCAGGUAACAUUUACUUAUGAGCUUGUUUUAUUUCUAAUUCAAUCAAUGGUUUGAGUUAUU